AUGGCAGCGAUACGAACUAUAUGUCAAUUGACACGUUGGUAUCAUCGUUUUUGCCUUCGCCAUGUGGCUAGCAAUUUCAAUCAACAAAUUGGGAAUAAAAACUUGAUGGCUAUGGUAAUGUGGGCAGGCAUGGAGAAUCAGUUACGAAAGUAUCAAAUCACCAGGGAUAGAAUUACUCAAUUAAGUGCAGAUGUUGAGAAGUAUUUAAGGGAAAUACCAGUGGAAAAGUGGACGUUAGCAUGCGAUGGUGGACAUCGUCAUGGGGCAAUGACCACAAACUUGUUUGAAAGCUUCAACGGAGUUCUAAAGAGUGCUAGAAAUCUGCCCAUAACUGCAUUAGUUGAACUUACAUACUAUCGUUGUGUCGCCUACUUUGUCGAUCGGUAUACUAAGGCAUGUGCAGAGGUUACUGCCGGUGAACGCAUUACGGCCUAUGCAAAGAAUAAAUUCAAUAAAUUGGAAAAAAAGGCACCAAAGCAUUCAUUUACUGUGUUCAGUCAUGAAGAUGGUCUGUUUGAAGUCAGAACACCAAUAAACCCUAACUCUGCAUAUAGGGGUAAUCAUCGUCAUGAGGUAAAUUUGAGGCAGAACACUUAUAGUUGUCAAAAAUGGCAGGUUUAUAAGAUUCCGUGCUCACAUGUCAUUGCCGUGUGUAAAUAUCAAGGCAUCUCUGCAAUGCGAUAUAUCGACUGUUGCUACCAUUUGGAAGAACAAGUUGCUUGUUAUGCACCUAGAUUUCGCACGGUUCCAGACAGUGUACAUUGGAAUGAGCCUAAUUUCCCGGUCUUGUAUCCUAAUGUCAAGCUGCGCCAUGAAAAAGGUCGACCAAGAACAACUCGGCUUCGAAAUGAAAUGGACGAAGGGGCAGAGCAUCAACCAAGGCCAUUGUGCAGUCUCUGUAGGCAAGAAGGCCAUAAUAGAAGAACAUGCCCCACUCGAACUGUGGCUGGCUCCACUAGUGACUAA